GCAAACGCAGGACAGUCCAGAGACUUGAGAAAGUCUCACUCGACAUCCACUUUACCUGUAAGACCACUUUGCGCAACCUUUUAACACUUUGACAGUCAACCCAACGUUAAGUGCGUCAUUGAGCACGACAUUAAUUAAUGCUGCUGCUGACACGAUGUCUUCACUAACUCUGAAUGGAGUGACGGUCAAUUUCCCUUUUCCUCCAUACGACUGUCAGAAGGACUACAUGAGCAAAGUGAUUGAAUGUCUUCAGAGGAGGGUGAAUGGGGUUCUGGAGAGUCCCACAGGUACUGGUAAAACCCUGUGCCUUCUGUGUGCUACCCUGGCGUGGAGAGAGCACUUCAAGGACACCAUCUCUGCCGGCAAGAUAGCAGAGAGGCUGGGCAGUGAGGAGCUAUUCCCAACCACACCGCUGUCAUCCUGGGGGAUGGCUGCUGCAGAUGGUGAUGCACCAACCUGCUACACAGAUGUUCCAAAGAUCAUAUAUGCAUCCAGGACACACUCUCAGCUUGCACAGGUCAUCAGUGAGUUAAAGAACACUUCAUACAGGCCAAAGGUGUGUGUGCUGGGAUCAAGAGAGCAGCUGUGUAUCAACCAGGAAGUGAUUCGUCAGGAGAGCAACCAUGUCAAGGUCCAUAUGUGCAGAAGAAAAGUUUCCACCAGGUCAUGUGUCUUCUAUAAUAACGUUGAAGAGAGGAGCACUGACAGAGACUUGGUGAAUUCUAUCCUUGACGUGGAAGAUUUGGUCAAAUUUGGCAACAAACAGAGGGUCUGUCCUUACUACCUCUCCCGUUCCUUGAAACAGCAAGCAGAUGUCAUUUUUAUGCCAUACAACUAUCUGCUGGAUCCAAAGAGCCGUAGGGCACACAACAUCGAGCUAAAGGGAGCUGUGGUUGUCUUUGAUGAAGCUCACAACGUGGAGAAGACAUGUGAAGAAUCAACAUCAUUUGACCUGACUCCCUAUGAUGUAGCUUCAGCCAUCAAUGCUGUGGACAGGCUGCUGGUGGAGCAGGCUAAAAAUGUCAGCCAUGCAGACACUGUCACUGAAGACCUCAAUGUAGACUCCCUCAGCUUUGGUUUGAAAAUGGACGUAGCCACCAUUGCUAAGAUCAAACAGAUACUGCUGGAUCUGGAAGCUGCCAUCGAUUCUUAUGAUGUUCCAAGUGACAGAGGCAUCACAAAACCUGGAAUCUUCAUCUAUGAGCUUUUGGAAAGAGCCCAACUGACCUACAGCACUAAGACAGCAGUCUAUGAAGCGCUGGAGCAGAUCAGUGGAUACUUAGCAGGACAACCAGGAACAUUCCUGAACACAAGUGGACUGCAGAAGCUGGCAGAUAUAAUACAGCUGGUGUUCUGUGGAGAAUCAUCUGAAAAGGACAGACAACAGCAGAUGCAGUCUAACACGGCUCAUUUUAAGGUUCAUAUCCAUCGAGACACCAGCUGUCACAAGAAAAAGCAGAGCACUGACGUGUGGUCUUCAUCUUCAUUAAAGAAACAAGGCAACAUUCUGAGUUACUGGUGCUUCUCUCCUGGCUUCAGCAUGCACGAUCUGGUAAAUCAAGGUGUUCGCUGCAUCAUUCUGACCAGUGGUACCCUCUCUCCACUGUCCUCAUUUACCUCUGAGAUGAGGAUAGAAUUCCCAGUGAGUCUGGAGAACAGCCAUGUGAUUGGACAAGACCAGAUCUUUGUGAGCAUCAUUGACCAAGGCCCAGAUGGAGUGCAGUUAAGUUCAGCAUUUGAUAGAAGGUUUGUUCCUGAAAACAUGGCAUCGUUAGGCAACACUGUUGCCAACCUGAGCCGUGUGGUUCCUCAUGGUCUCUUAGUGUUUUUUCCCUCUUUCCCUUCAAUGGAAAAAACCCUGGACUUCUGGAGAGCCAACGGACAUACAGAUCGCAUUGAGACUGUAAAGCCCAUGUUUGUUGAACCUAAACGAAAGGGCAGCUUCACUGAAGUUAUUGACGGAUAUUACAACAAAGUCAGUGAUCCAGCAUCCAAAGGGGGAACCUUCUUUGCUGUGUGUCGAGGGAAGGCUAGCGAGGGUCUGGAUUUUGCAGACGCCUUUGGUCGGGGUGUCAUUAUCACUGGCCUUCCUUACCCUCCCAAGAUGGACCCACGAGUCAUCCUGAAGAUGCAGUUCUUGGAUGAGAUGAGCAAGAAGAAAACUCCUGGGCUGAAGUACCUGUCUGGGCAGCAGUGGUACAGACAGCAGGCUUUCCGAGCUGUGAACCAGGCCAUCGGGAGAGUCAUUCGCCACAAGGAGGACUAUGGAGCCAUCUUCCUGUGUGAUCAGAGGUUUAAAAACCCUGAUGCCAGGGCUCAGCUUCCAUUGUGGGUGAGACCAUACCUGCGUCUGUAUGAAAGCUUUGGGAAUGUUGUCCGUGAUGUCUCUCAGUUCUUCAGGGUUGCACAGAAAAUGAGGCCUGUGGUAGAGAAGAAGUCUGCAGCAGAGACCUGUGGGACUGACACUCAAUCCUCAGUUUUAACUACCUGCUCAUCCUCCCAAAGCUCCCAUACCAAGAAGGCCAAGGUGCUGGAGGCCCACCUUCCCAGCCUGAAGAGGAGGAGGCUCAAUGAACCCACUGGAGACCAUGGGAUGGCCAGGAUCUGUUUCGAGUAUGAGUGUGAGGUACAGGAGAGUCAGAGGAAACCAUUCAACCUGCUGGAUGCUCUGGAGCGAGGUGACCAUUGCAGUGGAGAGGACAAUGAUGCUGUUGUGGGAGAGGAGAAGGCAAAUCGUUUGUCCACACUGUCUCUUCAGCAUGACAAGAGGAUGGAUGAUGAAUUGCGGGGAGUCAGACGUAAAAUCAAAUUGGUUCAGGAACAGAAAAUGAGCAGGUCAGAGGAUGUGUCUGAGGAAGGUAAAGCCAGCCAGGCAAAGACUUUCCUUGUAGAGAUGAAGAAGUCACUGAGCCAGGUCAGCUUUGACCGCAUCGUACAGGCUCUGCAGACCUACAAGAAGACUGACAUCCUGGAAGUCCUGCUGACUGAGACAGCUGUCUUAACUGAAGAUGCUAAUACUCACAGUCUGCUCCGGGGCAUGUACCAGUUUGUUCGCCCACAUCACAAGAAGAGGUUUGAUGAGAAAUGCCAGGAGAUGACCGGGCAGGGCUGUGGAUACAAACCUGAUCACUCACUGGCUAAGGACAAGAAAAAAGCACUCAUGCUGCACGGUGCUACAGACAGACCGACAGCUGUGGAUCUAACAUCCUCCGGUGGGAUGUCUACCUGCUGUCAGCUGAAUACACAGCAGCUCAACAAAGGAGGACACCACCUAAACCAGCAAGGAUUAAGAGAACCUCAGACUGGUUUUGCUCCAAAGAGUGAAGUCCACGCUACCUUUCUGGCUGAUGUGAAAAAAUCCCUCGGGGAAGAAAAAUCAGCUCAGCUCUUUCAGGCCAUUUACAGCUACAAAAAGACAGACAACUAUGAAAACCUGGUGACCAUAGUGGUGAGCUUAUUCACAGAGAGAGAUGAGGACUUCAACCUUCUAGUCAGAUUUGCCAUGUUUAUUCGUCCUCACCAUAAGACGCAGUACAAACAGAUGUUGGAUGCUUUGGUAGGUCAGACAGUCUCUGCUGCUGAUGUUCCUGCUGUGAGUGAAGAUCAGCAAAGACAUGCUUCAUCCUCAACCUUAAAGACGCAAAGCAAGAUUUCCAGUUUUUUCUCAAGCAGCCAAAGAAAGUAGAAUCUGAACUGCAGCUUCAUUGUUUAUGUAUUUUAAAAAGUUUAUAACUUUUCAUGCUGACAAAACCAUUAACUAGCUAGACUUGGUUCUGGUGCAGUGAUCUGGCUGUGUAGGUGUCUGAACACUGGGAUGGACUGUGCAUUGGCACUCUGAAAUAAUGAUAUUAACCAUUAAAAGUCAUGCAUACCUUCAGUUUGUUAUAGACAGGCGCAUAGGAGGAAAUAUCCAGGUACAAGAGAGGAGAAAACUCCUGCACACUAUCCUUGCAGAAAAACUUAUUUCAAAGCAACCUGAAGUAACAUUGAUGUCUCAUAAACUCAACACUCAAGAGUGUGUUUUUGAGAGAGGGUGACACCCUGUAAACCCAAUUAAAACAGUAGAUCACUAAUUUACGAUGAAAUUUGGCACAAGGGCUGUGAUGGCUAAAUAAAGCCUGUUCUGUGUUGGAUUAAUGUCACGAAAAGUGAAAAUGUACUAUGGCGAAAUCAAAUGUUAAUGAAUGUUUUAAGGUAAUUAAAUGAAUAAAAUAAAAAAAAGG